AAGUAGACUCUUUCUAGUCGGGGUCCUGACAAAGACGGUCGCAGACGAACUGCAAGCUUUAGCAUCUCUGCUAAACCCCAACAAACAGCGUCGAAAUAUCCAAAUAAACAACAAUAGUGCGCGAACUAUGGUCGUCAGUCACUUCGGCGAAAACUGUACAUGUACAAACAUGAUAACAGACGUGCGUAUAUGUAAAGAAUGAUGCAUUCGGCCAGUAUGUGGAUUUAGCACUGGGCUAUUGUUGUUCCACACGGCAAUGAUGCCAGCCUUCAUUUAAAGAGACCACCAGCCUUCCGUUGUACCUGCUGCACCUCUACGAAAUGAUUUUGGAGACACUAGAAGGAUAGACUAUAUGCUAAAAAAAUCUGAAUUUAAACCUCGGUGCUGUGAAUCAUUCUAACAGUUAUAAUUAGUUUCCCUCCAGCAGGUGAAUGAAGGUUAGUCUUUGAAAUGCUGUAGGAUAGAUUAGCAAUCAAUACAGAGAUCAGUGCAUCGGCAGAGAAGAUGGACAAAAAAUCAUUUGACAUCGUCUUGGACGAAAUCAGAAAGUGUGUUUUGACAGAUCAACGGAUUAAAGCUAUCGAGCAGGUUCAUGGGUAUUUCUCCAGUGAACAGGUCAUAGACAUUUUGAAGUACUUCUCCUGGGCAGAGCCCCAAAUAAAAGCAGUCAAAGCCUUGCAACAUAAAAUGGUUGCAAUUCCAACGACAAAGGUUGCAAACAUCCUUAAUUGCUUCACAUUUUCAAAGGACAGAAUUAUAGUAUUGGAACUCAUAGCUUUAAAUAUUUCUGAUGCCCAAAACUACCGUCCUGUGGAAGAUGCAUUCCGUAUUCAUCUCUCUGAGAAGAAACGUGCAAGAAGAAUCCUAGAACAGGUGUGUAAGGUGGGAUGUAAAGCUCCAGUUGCAAUGAUUUCAUCCUGCGGGAUGAUCCCAGGGAACCCUUAUCCUAAGGGCAAACCCAGCCAGGUUACAGGAACAUUCCCUGGAAUUCCUGCCAAAAAGGAGGGAGAGGAUGUAAACCUCGAUGGAAAGGGUAUUGCUUUACGCAUCAUUGGAGGAUCAAGCAAACCGUCCCCCUCAUCAUAUAAUCCACACAGACCUGUGCCAUACCCGAUCCCGCCAUGCCGCCCCCAUGCAACCAUCGCUCCAAGUGCAUACAACAACGCAGGUCUGGUGUCAGUGGGUGGGGUCAUCACUGCCAGUGUGCCACCCCCACCCUACCGAGCCACUCCCAAUUUGGCAGGUUACAGCCGACCUGCCAGUCAAAACCCAACAGCCAACAUCUCUGGCACACCUGCUAUCUCUCCUCGUGGCUCCACUCCAUCAACACCAGUCACCUCCCAGCCUCAGCCAACUACACCAAUCACUCCAGUUUUCCCUGGCAUGGUCCCAUCCCAGAACCCUGUGACCCCUUCCCCUACUCCUGCCCCGUCUCCCUCAGUUAUCAAAGGACCUCCAAUUGGCUCUCCCCAAGUUGCCUCUAACUCCAGUGGCCACACUACACCAGUUCCCUCUCCAUUUCCCAGUAUGCCCCCUUCUGGUAGAAACACCCCUUCUGUCAUCAAAAGUCAUACACCAUCUGGAACACCAUGUAGUACACCUGGGCCAAGUACAGGCAUCCCACCUUCUCCGUUCCACAAUGCGCCUCGCUCAGAAACACCUUCUGGUGGCAUCACACCUACUCCCAGGGCAACUGGUGACUCCAUGAAUACUCAUGGAGCAAUGGGUUUACCCUCAAAAAAGGGCUACCCACCUUCCUCUGACUCCCAGUCAGCACUUUUGUACCCUGGCACUCCCUCUACGCAGUCACAUUCAGUUAUUCGUAGUUACACACCUUCAGGGAUGUCUGCUCUCGCCCCUGGACAAUCUGUUCCCAGCAUGCAGGGUGUUGGUAGCCCUAAGCCCUCUCCUGGACUCACCUCCCAGGCCGCCCUUGGUAGCCCUGCAGGAGCUUAUUUUAAUGAGCAGCACACCAGCUCCAUGGCCCGGCAUGGCGGAGGUAGUGGAAGCAACAGUCCUGUCCCUUCUGCAUUUAAAGGCCCCUCACGCUCUGGCACCCCUUCUCUUAGCUCUCUAGUAAUGCCUAACUCUGCUGUCCUUGCCCGACCUGUUGGUAUGGCCCAUGGUUCUCCCUCACCACAGUCUAAUUUACCUGGCACUGCUGGCAUAGCAGGUCUCCAUAGCCUGCCCUCAGCUCUAGGCUCUCAGUCUGGAAGUAGCCCUGCUCCACAUUUUGCAGCAAUGUCUCCUUUCCCUGGCGCCCAGUCUUCCAUUUCCACCCCCUCUACUCCUACUCCUCCUGUCUCAUCUGUAUAUACUGGCCUGGCUCACUCUAGUGCUCCCUCUCACACCCCUUUUGGCCUUGGAUUGACAACAGCUCCAUCUGUGUUCCCGGGUCUUCCUCCUGGACCAAACCCUGCCUUCCCAGGAUUUGGAGGCUCAGGGUCCCCUGCUGCAGGAAGUCCAGUGCUGUCAUCUUUAAUGGGCAUUCCAGGAGCCUCUUCCUCAGUGGCCACUGUCGCACCUCUCCAGGCAGCUGUCGCAGCAGCUGCCGCAGCAGGAGUCCCUUCCUCUUCUCCUGUGCUUCCAGGAUUUGCCUCUGCGUUUAGCUCUAACUUCAACCCUGCUCUGGUUGGACAGCCUGGGCUCACUGGAAGUCUUCAGCCCCCUGGAGGAGCAGGUUUCCCAGGAUUGCUGUCUUUUCCUCCAGGGAUGCCCGGCUUCUCCAGCGCUGCGUCUCCUGCUGCCCUCUCUGGUCUACACAACUCUGCCAUGCAGUCUGCUCUUUUGCAGGCUCACUCAGCAUCAGCACUGGACAGUUACGCUCAGCCAAAUGGAUUCCCAAACUACCCAGCAGCAGCUGGCUCAAGCUUCCCACUACAACCAGGCCUGCACCCUUCACUGGGUUGGCAGUAAUUUGCAUAUCGAAAGAAAUGCAACCUAAGGAUGUUUGUGUGUGAAACAAUUUCCUCUACAAGAGAUUCAAACCGCCAGACAUGUGGUUUGGUGCUAUGAAUUAGAAGAAAAUCAUUUUGAUUUGACUAUUGAGGGCUGGACUGCUUGUCACAUGUAUUUGAAUGAAUGAAAUAAAUAAUACUCUUUAGUUUUUUGUUUUUAGAAGUAGUUAGAUCUUAACAUUAAGCAUCAUGACAAUGUUGAAAAAUGAAUAUUGAAAUAAUUUUUUUAACAUACACCAGUAGAUGAACUGUGAAAGUGUGGGUCUGCAAAGUUUACUAUACUGUUUUUUUUUUAAUCAUGAAAGUAGUGAGUUAACUGACUUUUUCUUUAAACGUCUGUCAAAUACUGUACAUACCCUUCGAAAAUGGGUAAAUUAGAUGUUUGCUCUUUGUACUGUAGCUGUUCCAGUUUUUAUUUUUCCCUGUUACCUUGCAAACUUCUCUAUAGGAACUGAUAGAGCUGCUUUGCCAACUCCAAAGUGACUUUAGUGUAACCGAUAUUACACUGUUGUGCAAUUUUGCUGAUAUUAACCCUUUUACUACCCCACCAAGAAAAAAAAAUUGGAUUGCAUUUUUUAACUUCUAAUGUCACUAUUCAACACAUCCUAUAAUUUUUUAAAUAUCAACCUCCUCCAAAUGGUAGAUAUGUUGGUUUAUGGUGAAAGUACCGGAAUGAAUACAUAUACUGUGAAAAAUCUAAAAAAAUGAAGUGUAUAACUUUAUUUAAAAACAUAAUCAAAAUAAAACAUUUUGAAUACUAAAUCAUCUUUAUAUUUUGAGGAUUUAACAUGCAAUAAAACCUAUGUCAAGUGUAGUGUUUGUAAGAUUUUUUUUGUAAACCAACAAUGUUGUGUAGUGUAAACCAUUAUUUAAAUGAAUUUAACAGUCAUUAUUUAAAACAGUCAAAACAUGGUCAACCAUUUGGUAGAGCAGGCAGUUAAAGGGGUUAAGGUCAGAACCAUGAAUUUUGCAUGUAUACAAUGUUUAGAUCCAGCACCCAGAGUCUGCGGUACUCUCAUUUGUUUCCAUUAUAUUUUAUAAAAUGUACAAAAGAAUAUGGUAGGUUUAUGGUAGUCUAGUGCGUUUUAACAUCAUAAUGAAAUAAAACUCUUUUUUUUCCCUAGA